UGAACUGAAGCAGCAGAGCGAGUGACGGCCUCAGAGAGAUUAGAGCGAAGGCUCAGGAAGGGGCAGGGUAGCAUCUUCCCCAUCACAGCCUUCAUUAUAUUUAUUCACACAGUAUAUUUAUUUUCUCAUAUCAUAUAGGCACAUAUAUAUAUUUAUUCUUAGAGUCUAGUGGCAAUCAUGGCACAGCCAGAUAAGAAGCUUUUCGAGAAUCUGUCCGGGAAGGGCAAAGCCAUCGGGGUACUGACAAGCGGAGGAGAUGCCCAAGGUAUGAAUGCAGCUGUGCGCGCUGUAGUGCGAAUGGGCAUCUACGUACAAGCCAAAGUGUACUUCAUUUAUGAGGGAUACCAAGGAAUGGUGGACGGAGGAGACAAUAUUGAGGAAGUGUCGUGGGAAAGCGUUUCUAGCAUCUUGCAAGUGGGUGGGACCGUCAUCGGCAGUGCACGUUGCAAGUCAUUCCGGAAUCGCGAAGGUCGUUUGCAGGCAGCUUGUAACCUAGUUCAGCGGGGAAUUACCAACCUCUGUGUUAUCGGAGGUGACGGCAGUCUGACAGGCGCUAACCUGUUCCGAGAAGAAUGGAGCGGGCUUCUUGACGAACUCGUGCAAACUGGGAAAAUUGAGGCGGAAGCAGCUAAAGAGUAUGCCCAUCUGAACAUUGUGGGGAUGGUGGGAUCUAUAGAUAAUGAUUUCUGUGGAACUGAUAUGACCAUUGGAACAGACUCAGCCCUGCAUAGGAUUAUGGAAGUUGUUGACGCUAUCAUGACCACCGCUCUAAGCCACCAGAGGACCUUCGUGCUGGAAGUCAUGGGAAGACACUGCGGGUACCUCGCCUUGGUCAGUGCCUUAGCUUGUGGGGCAGACUGGAUGUUUAUCCCUGAAUCCCCACCGGAGGAGGGAUGGGAAGACUUGAUGUGCAACAAACUGUCUGAGAAUCGUGCAAGGAAGAAAAGGCUUAAUAUCAUCAUUGUAUCAGAAGGGGCUAUUGACUGCCAUAAUAAGCCAAUCACGUCAGACUUGGUUAAAGAUCUGGUUGUAAAACGCCUGGGAUUUGAUACUCGUGUUACAAUUUUGGGCCAUGUCCAAAGAGGUGGAACCCCAUCAGCCUUCGACAGAAUUCUGGCAAGUCGAAUGGGAGUGGAUUGUGUCUUGGCCCUGCUUGAAGCUACUCCAGAAACGCCGGCCUGUGUUGUGUCGUUAUGUGGAAACCAAGCUGUGCGCCUGCCCCUUAUGGAAUGCGUUCAGAUGACCCAGGAAGUGCAGAAGGCCAUGGAUGAAAGAAGAUUUGAAGAUGCUGUAAGGUUACGAGGAAGGAGCUUUGAAAAUAACCUCAACACUUACAAGCUUCUCUCCCAUAAGAAAAAUAUAUCAGAGCUUCCAAAGGAUAACGCACCAUGUAGUAUCUUUUCAGCGAUUGGACACAUUGUGACAGUAUUCCUGAAAGUUCUCUUGCAUAUUACGGACAGUUACUCCUUUUUCCACUUGAUCAAAGAGAAUUGUGGGAACAAAGCCUCACCUGUGUCAAAGAGUAAUUUCAACGUGGCUGUUUUGAAUGUGGGGGCACCCGCUGCGGGCAUGAACGCCGCAGUCAGAUCUGCAGUGAGAGUGGGAAUAACAGAGGGACAUAAAAUGUUUGCCGUCAAUGAUGGUUUUGAAGGAUUUGCCAAGGGGCAGAUUAAAGAGAUAAAAUGGGGAGGUGUUGGAGGCUGGACAGGCCAAGGUGGAUCUCUUUUGGGAACAAAGAGGACCCUUCCUGCUAAAUACUUUGACCAAAUUGCAGAGCAAAUCCGAACGAAUAAAAUUCACGCUCUUCUUGUCAUUGGUGGAUUUGAGGCAUUUGAAAGUAUGAUGCAGCUAGUCGAGGCACGUGGCACCUAUGAGGAAUAUUGCAUCCCUAUGUGUAUUGUGCCGGCUACCAUUAGCAACAAUGUACCAGGCACUGAUUUAAGUCUUGGCGCUGACACUGCUCUCAAUGCUAUUAUGGAGACCUGCGAUCGCAUCAAACAGUCAGCGAGUGGAACCAAACGGCGUGUGUUCAUCAUUGAAACGAUGGGUGGCUACUGCGGCUACUUGGCUAACAUGGGCGGCCUUGCAGCUGGUGCAGACGCGGCAUACAUCUUCGAAGAAUCGUUUGAUAUUCGCGAACUCCAGGCAAACGUGGAACAUUUAACAGAGAAGAUGAAAACAAGCAUCCAAAGAGGACUUAUACUCAGGAAUGAGAACAGCAAUGAGAACUACACCACAGAUUUCAUUUAUCAGCUUUACUCAGAAGAAGGCCGAGGUGUGUUCGACUGCAGAAAGAAUGUACUGGGGCACAUGCAGCAGGGCGGCGCUCCGUCUCCGUUUGACAGAAACUUCGGCACCAAGAUUUCCGCCAAAGCCGUCCAGUGGAUUUCCAAGAAGUUAAAAGAAACCUACAGGAACGAUGAAGGCAGAACCUUCAGAACUGAUAGCGGUGAUCAAGGCAGGGUAUUUGCAAACACAGAUGAUAGCGUUUGUCUGUUAGGAAUGCGCAGGAGGAACCUCCUUUUCCAGCCAGUGACACAACUCAAGGACGAAACAGACUUUAAGCACAGGAUUCCCAGGGAACAGUGGUGGCUGAAGAUGAGGCCUCUGAUGAAGAUUCUGGCCAAGUACAAGACGAGCUACGACAUUUCAGACGCAGGAAAACUGGAACACGUUAACAUGUGCAGACGGAAAGAUGAAACGGGAGCAAUUUGAUCCUCACGCUCCAGCCUAUUGUUACCCCCUCCCUACACUGUGUGCUGUAGUUACCUCUUUGUAUUUAUUGCUCUGGCACUUUCUGUCCAUGCAGUUUCCAUUGACCAAGUCCAAGUCAUAUCUACGUAUACGUCCACCUGUAUCCACUCUCCAUUUUUACUCCGGCUCCAAUAUUCCCUUUUAUUUUUUUUGUUGCCGUUGAGUAAAAACGGACGCAAGACAACACUUCGCUGUGUAGUUACGUUUUGCUUUUAUUCCACUUUGUACCAGAAACGUAAUGAUUCCGCGCGUGCCAUCAAUGCGCAACGUUUGGAUUUUUUUUUUAGUGACACGUUAUAUAUAUGUUGGUGUAAAUCACAAAAAAUAAAAAAACUCGCAAACCUAA